CCUUGGUUGUUGUGUCUGUCUGCCUCUCUUCAUUCUCAGACGACACAAAAACUCCACUCGGGACGUCUGUCUCAAUCUACCGGUCCCGCCAAACUCCAGUGUCCAUCCAUCCCUUAUGAGGCGGCCACCUGCUGUGCCGCCGUCGUCGUCGCCUGCUGCCGCAUCGCGUGAGCAGAUCUCUCGUCGGCAUCGGCGCCCUCUAUCGGUAUGUUGCGCUGCCCCUCGGCCGAUUGCUCCUCCUCCCAUCUGAUUGAACGGCAAGACAACACAUGAACCAAUGUGUGUAGGAACAAUUUGGUGGCGAUGCAUGGCUUUGCUCACAUGUCGAGUAUUGGGGGCACGUCGGCGAUGGUGCGGACCUCAGCGUCGAUGAGCCGCCUCUUGUCGGAGUCUAGCCGAUACAGCUUGGGCUCCCAUGACGAUGCGGGCGACUCCUGCGCACAGAGUCCCAGCAAGAGAAGGUCGACGUAAUGAACCACACAUGGUCUCUGUUGUCAUCUUCUCACUGACCUCUCCCCGGAGCCCCGUGACCCAUAUGGUCCGCCAGCUCUGCUGCUUCGCCGGCACCACAUCAGCUGACAAAUCGUCACCCACAUGAACCCAACGGUCGCCGGGAGAACGCUGCAACCAACCAGCCAGCCAGCCAAGACACGCAGACAAUCCAUCUCUGCGACAUCUGUCGGUAUGUGUGUGUGUGCUGACCAUGUAUCCCGCCACCCUCAUGGCCGCCUCGUAGACCUUCUUGCUAGGCUUGGAGGCCCCCACAUCCUCGGCGUUGAUGCAAAAGUCAAAAUACUCACUCAGCACCUCUAUGCGCUCCGUCCGCGCGUUGCCGUUGGUGAUGGCCCCGAUGCGGUAGCCAGUCGACCGCAGGGAGGAAAGGGUCUCCAGGGUGCCGUCGGGAAGGAACUCCAACACGUCGUGACGCGCAUCGGACCACACUUGGAAAGCCUGAUCCACCAAAAGCUGACCGAAACCACACCACACACACGUUCAUGACACACGCAUCGCAUCGUGUGUGAUCUAUCUUUCUUUGCUCUUUAUUCACCUUUGGUUCAUAUCCCGUCUUCACGGCAGCCUCCUUGAGUGCCUCCUUCCUCAGCCGCGUGAGGUAUGUGACGACAUUGGCCAGCCUGGGGUCCCUCUUCUGCUUGCGCCGGUAGAUGGCACGCAUGAGGUCGUCGAUCGACCCGUAGGACUGCGACAGCCACCGCCCCAUGCGGGGGUAUUCGCGGUCGAGAUACGCCUCGAGACGGUCCUUGGCCGAGUCGAGAACGGGGUUCGCCGUCCACAAAGUGUCAUCACUGCACGCGCGCACACAAACACACACAUACUCGAAGGCCAUGUAUGGCGCCGAUCCAUCGCCGACUUACAGGUCAAAGGUGAUGACUUCGACGCGCUGCGCUGCGUCAUUCGAGGCCGACGACGAUGAAGGCACAGCCGGUCCGGCCAGUGAGCGAAAGACAUCAGCGAGUGCAUGUCGCCGCACGCCGCUCCUGCUUCUGUCCCUCUGCCUCCUCCUCAACAAAGUCGCCUCGCGGACAGCAGAUGGCGGCGGCGCGAAUGCCACCGAGGAUCUGUCAUCUCCCCACGCGUAUGAAAGGCCAACGAGAGUAGAGAGAAACAAGAUGAAGCUGCGGCUUGGGAGGCUGGUGAAGAGACGAAUGAGCGUGUCCAUCCUGCGAAGGUCA